AUGUCCCCAGCAAUGUUAUGCUUUUUGAUACUUUUAACCCAAGUUAUAUGUACUAACGAAUAUGUUAAUAAACAAUCAACAGGAAGUUGUUGGUACAGUGUUAACUCAAUAACAAAUGAAUAUGCUGGUAUGUUUAAUAAGGAUCAAAACGAAUGUUUGUUUCGACAAUUACAGGGAAAGGAAGCAAUUAUUAAGAAGCAAGAAUUAAUUAUUCGGGACCAUGAAGAAUUUAAGAAAAAAGAACACCAUGAAAGUUGCGAACUUUUUUUUGUUCUGGGAGAAUUAACUAAAGAGCUAAUAAGUGGUGACCAUAAAAAAUUGAAGACAAAACAGAAUUCAUGUACAUGUAGCAGGGAAUCUGGUAAUCUAUCUAAGACUAACCGAAAUGCGUUUAAAGGUAAAGAUAAAUAUAUUAAUCGAACUCAAAACGACACAGAUGAACUUAAACAAAGCAAUGCAAAAGAUGCAUCAAAAGCGGUUGUCACGGACGAUAAACUAAAGAAGGAAACACGACGUGUAUCGAAAGAUUCUUUAGAUGUUGAUGGUAGUAGAUCGUUUUCUGGUCCGGAUAAUUGUCAAAAUAUUAAAACUAAUGAAAAUUCGGAAAAUACAUUUGUUUCUGCCAUAAAGGCAGCAGAUAAUACAUCUUUAAGCAAUUCUAAGAAGGAAUUAAAUGAAGACCAUACUAGCAGUUGCACUUACCUGUCUGAAGUUAGAAAUUUUAUUACCGAUAAAUUAACAGAACUCGAUCCAGAGAAUUCUUGGUUUGAUUAUUUUGUAGAAGAAAAUUAUGUUGAAAGAGAAUAA